ACUGUUGGACUUGCUCUUAUGAGUGUAUAAAAAGCAACUUAUAAGCACAAAACCAAACCCCUCAUCUUCAUCACCAUCCUGUGGUUUCCCCAGCCAAAAUACUCGACAAAGGCUCUCAAAAACGGAGAUUUUCAACUGGGGUUCAGCCAUGGGUACCCCUAGCAGGUGUUCUCACACUUCCCACAUCACCAAAUUCAUCAUCACCAGCUUUUUCCGCCACAAAUUCUACUAGAUUUUCCACCCUUUUGCUCUGUUUAUUGUUACAUAUAUAUUUUUCUGUACCUAUAAUUCUCAUCAUCUGUGUCAGAAUCAGACACCCUUUUGGUUUUCUUGGAUAAAUUUGUACACAUAAGUGCUUGUUUUUAUAUAUAUUAUGGCGGGUCGGAGGUGUUUCUAUGGGGAGGGAGCCAAUACGACGUCGGCUAGCCUGUUGUUUCAUAGUCAAAGACCUGAGCCUUUCUUUCUUUCUGCACCUUCUCCUUCUCUAAUUGGUUCAAAAUCCAUGGUUAGCUUUCAAGAUGCUAAGCGAAAAAAUCCCUACGAUGGGUUCUUUAUGCGGUCAUAUGAUGAAGAAGAAAUUGGGGAUGAAGAAUAUGAUGAAUACUUUCAGCAGCCUGAGAAGAAGAGGAGGCUCAAGGCUGAUCAAAUCCAGUUUCUUGAGAAAAGUUUUGAGACUGAUAACAAGCUUGAGCCUGAAAGAAAAGUUCAGCUUGCAAAAGAACUCGGCUUGCAGCCAAGACAGGUUGCGAUAUGGUUUCAGAACCGUCGAGCACGGUGGAAGACCAAAACACUAGAAAAAGAUUAUGAUGUAUUGCAAAAUAGCUACAACAGCCUCAAGGCUGACUAUGACAAUCUACUUGCCGAGAAAGAAAAACUUAAAGCCGAGGUUCUCGACCUGACAGACAAGCUACUUCUCAAAGAAGAUAAGGGGAGCAAGACAGUAGUUUUUGAUAAGCAAAAGGUGUCUGCAGCAUUCCAACAAGAACGUGUUAGUAAUGACAUAUCUGUGGGUGAAGUACUCAGUAACUCAGUUAUGGACUGCAAGCAAGAAGAUCAUAACUCUGUGAAAAGUGAUGCAGUUGAUUCUGACAGUCCACACUACAGUGAUGAAGUCUACUCCAGUUUUAUGGAGCCAGUGGAUCGCUCUUAUGUUUUUGAACCUGCUCAGUCGGAUAUAUCUCAAGAUGAAGAAGAUGACAUGGGGAACAACUUAUUUCUCCCAUCAUAUCAUGUUUUCUCAAAGACUGAAGACGGUAGUUACUCCGACCAGCCUUCGAACUCUUCGUACUUUGGCUUCCCAGUUGAAGAUCAUACGUUUGGCUUUUGGGGUACUGAAUUAUAAUUUGUAUUGUAGUAAUAAUCUCUUAUGUUUUCUCAAUCAUCCUGUCUAAUGUAAUAGGCAUUGUAAGAAAAAUAAAGGAUCUGCGUAUUCCCAUGUUGUCAUAGAGCUUAUUGUAUGUAUUGUACUACUGUUAAAAAAAGAAAUUCUUAUUGCCGAA